UUUCUUUCACUAACGUGUAUAAGUACUUCAUUCCUUUUUUUAUUGCCAAAUAAUAUGCACGGACAUAGAAUAUUUUAUUUAUAAAGUCAUUGGUGCUGGGUAAGGUGUCAGAGCCCCGCAUCAAAGAGUGGUUGACUCGCCGCUUGCAAUGGCUCAUGCCUGUAAUCCCAGCACUUCGGGAGGCCGAGGAAGGUGGAUCACCCGAGGUCAGGAGUUCCAGUGUUCCAGACCAGCCUGGCCAACAUGGCGAAAACCUGUCUCUACUAAAAAUACAAAAAUUAGCCAGGUGUGGUGGUGCAUGGCUGUAAUCCCAGCUACUCGGGAGGCGGAGACAGGAGAGUCGCUUGAACCCGGGAGGUGGAGGUUGCAGUGGGCCGAGAUCGUGCCAUUGCACUCCAGCCUGGGCCACAAGAGUGAAACUCCGUCUCAAAAAAAAAAAAAAAAAAAAAAGUAGUUGACUCAUGGGUUGGUAGGAAGAAUUUACUGACAACAGUAUAGGUUUGAAAAAGGAAAGUUUUAUUAGAAAGAAAGAACGCGCCUUUCCAGCCCCCACCCAGACCUUACAGCUACCGAGAUGUUGAUGCCUAAGAAGAACUGGAUUGCCAUUUAUGAACUUCUUUUUAAGGAGGGAGUCAUGGUGGCCAAGAAGGAUGUCCACAUGCCUAAGCACCCGGAGCUGGCAGACAAGAAUGUGCCCAACCUUCGUGUCAUGAAGGCCAUGCCGUCUCUCAAGUCCCGAGGCUACGCGAAGGAACAGUUUGCCUGGAGACAUUUCUACUGGUACCUUACCAAUGAGGGUAUCCAGUAUCUCUGUGAUUACCUUCAUCUGCCCUCAGAGAUCGUGCCUGCCACCCUAUGCCGCAGCCAUCCAGAGACUGGCAGGCCUCGGCCUAAAAGUCUGGAGGGUGAGCCACCUGCAAAACUCACAAGAGGGGAAGCCAACAGAGAUACCUACAAACGGAGUGCUGUGCCCCCUGGUGCCAACAAGAAAGCCGAGGCUGGGGCUGGGUCAGCAACCGAAUUCCAGUUCAGAGACGGAUUUGGUUGUGGACGUGGUCAGCCACCUCACUAAAAUUGGAGAGGA